CAACAACAGCAACAACAACAACAACAACAACCACAACAACAACAACCACAACAACAACAACACGGAUCAAUACCAAAGAUGGAGGCAAAAUUCUUGGCUAGCGCUCUUUCAUUCCUCUCGAUAUUUUUAGCGGUUCAUGCUCAAUCAUUUGGGCCAGAUUCCUUGGUGCCAAAUUAUGACCAUGUGGAGCGUCAAAUGAGAUUUUACGAUAUCCGAACGCCGCUUGUGCUCAGCUGCAAUGUGAAAAAUGUGGAGUCCGACGAUCCACUCAUAUGGAAAAAGGAUGGCGUCAACGUGACGGACGUGCUAAGUCUGAGAGGUCGCUUCAAACUGAUCCAUCCCGAAAGAAAGUUCAUAAUUGACAGAGCGGAACCUCACGACGACGGCCUCUAUACUUGUGAGUUCAAGGGCGUGUCCAGAGAUAUUCACGUGAUCGCUCGCGUGGUCGUACGAGUGCCUUCAAAUACUGGUGUUGUCGAGGGUGAGAAAAUGAUGAUCCCCUGCACAGUUGUCGGUAGCAAUCCCCGAUUGUCAUGGAGCUUUGGCAAUUACACAAAUAUAACAAACAGCACAGAUCGUUAUAUACUAAAAUCGGAUGAUAAUAAAAUUGAGAACGCAAUUUUAAUGAUCGAGAACGUGACCCUGGACGACAGAGGCGAGUUCAAGUGCCACGGACGCAACGAGGCCAAUGACUAUGGCAAUAGCACCGUUGCCACCGAUUUUACGACCGUUCGUGUUAAGGGCAAAUUCGCCGCCUUGUGGCCUUUCCUGGGCAUCUGCGCCGAGGUCCUGAUUCUCUGCCUGAUCAUUCUCAUCUACGAGAAGCGACGCAACAAGAGCGAGCUGGAGGAGAGUGAUACUGAUCCACAAGAACAGUAAGUUGCCAACAACAACGACAACGACAACAACAACAACAACACAAGAAAUCAACAACAACAACAACAAGCAGU